AGGACUUGCUGCGCUGCGCCAAACUGGAGCCCUUGGAGGCACUCGAGAAAUGCCUUGAGGCACGGCACCUGGCGCCCACAGCGCCCGACACGCUGCCGACGCAGCCCUUCGAAGAGACCGAUCCCUUCGUGAUCGAUGCGGUGCCGCAUGUCCUCUUCUCGGGUGGUCAUGACAAGUUCGCGAGUAAGUGGCACUCCAGUGGUCAGGGAGGCACACAGUGCAUUUGUGUGCCGGCCUUCUGGAAGCAUCCGGCCAUCGUGCUGGUGAAUCUCCGGGAUCCCAAAGACCUCCGCCUUGAGGAGUUCGCUUCCAAGUGAGCAGGGCGAGGUGUCCACGCAGCUUGCAACUGCUGUGGGCUGUGGUACGUGAAACAGCUACCAACGGGCCAGGCCCGAACAAAAGAACCAUGUGGCAAGAGAUGAUGACUACUUCGGGGCCGGAAUGGUACAGCACAAUUGCAACAUUGGUUUGGCCGGCGAAGGCCCUUCAUCCAGCCUUAGCUGAGGGGGGCAUGGGAGCUAUUGAUAGCAAUAGCUGGGGUGUGCUGGCCGAAAAGAUUCUCAGGCUUGGGC